CUUUUAAAGCAGAUUGCCAUCCUCCUGAGAGGUCUAACCCCAGACAUGCUCCCUGAAGCCAGCUCCCUGUGGCUCCUUCGGCUGCUCCGGGACGUCCAGCUGGCCCAGUUUUACCAGCCCAUCCUUCAGGACCUCAACGUUACUCGGCCAGAACAUUUUGACUUUGUAAGGCCGGAGGACCUGGACAACAUAGGCAUGGGCAGGCCUGCCCAGCGCAGACUUACUGAAGCCCUGAAGAGGUACCGUUCGGGGGCCAAGUCCAAGAACUGGGUGUAUAAGAUACUUGGGGGUUUUGCUCCUGACCAGAAGGAAAUCCCUCCACAUUCAGACAGUCUUCUGUGCCUCCAUGAGCCAGAGGGGGGACUCAAGUGUCUGAUUCCAGAGGGCGCUGUGUGCAGAGGGGAGCUGCUGGGUUCCGGCUGCUUUGGCGUUGUACAUCGAGGGCUAUGGACCCUACCCAGCGGUCAGCGUAUCCCAGUGGCUGUCAAGUCCCUCCGUGUGGGUCCCGAGGGUCCGAUGGGCACAGAACUGGGAGACUUCCUGCGGGAAGUAUCUAUCAUGAUGAAGCUAGAACACCCACAUGUGCUGCGCCUGCAUGGCCUCGUCCUGGGCCAGCCUCUGCAGAUGGUGAUGGAGCUUGCGCCACUGGGCUCUCUGCAUGCGCGUCUGACUGCCCCAGCACCAACGCCCCCACUGCCUGUGGCCCUGCUGUGCCUUUUUCUGCGUCAGUUGGCAGGAGCCAUGGCGUACUUGGGCUCGUGUGGGUUAGUGCACCGGGAUCUCGCCACCCGCAACCUGCUGCUGGCCUCACCCCGAAUGAUCAAGGUGGCGGAUUUUGGACUGGUGCGGCCACUGGGUGGCGCCCGGGGUCGCUACGUCAUGGGCGGGCCCCGUCCCAUCCCCUAUGCCUGGUGUGCCCCAGAGAGCCUACGCCAGGGAGCUUUCUCAUCUGCCUCUGACGUGUGGAUGUUUGGCGUGACACUCUGGGAAAUGUUUUCUGGAGGCGAGGAACCCUGGGCAGGUGUUCCACCGUAUCUCAUCCUACAGAGGUUGGAGAAGGACCGAGCCAGACUGCCAAAACCUCUGUCCUGUUCCAGGGCCCUCUACUCCCUCGCCUUGCGUUGCUGGGCCCCUAACCCUGCAGACCGGCCUAGCUUUUCCAGCCUGGAAGGGCUGCUUCAAGAGGCUUGGCUUUCUGAGGGGCGCUGUGUGAGGGAGGUCACAGAGCCAGGUGCUUUGAGGAUGGAGCCCGGUGACCCCAUCACUAUCAUUGAGGGCAGCCCAGACACCACAACCUGGAAGGGCCAGAAUGGUCGUACCCUCAGAGUGGGUAACUUUCCGGCUUCUGCAGUAACACUAACAGACUUGGGGGGUUCACCAGUCACUCAUCCAGCCCACAGAGGUUCCCCUGCCCGUGGAGAGAAAUGCAGAGGGGGCACAGAUGGGGACAGGGAGAAGGCAAUGUUACAAGAUCUACCCCCAGCACGGGGCCAGAGAAGGAAGGUGCCCCUACAGAAGAUGAGAGGCAUUUCCAAGAGUCUGGAGUCAGUUCUGUCCCUGGGCCCUAGACCCACGGGAGGUGGCUCAAGCCCUCCAGAACUCCGACAUACAAGAGCUGUGCCCCAAGGACUCCCAGAGCUGCCUCCACGACCCCCUAUUAUCUGCAGCUCUUCUCAGCCCACCCAGCUCCACAAAAACCGGCCCAAAAGAGAAUCCUCACAUAGUCACCACACAGGAGCACCUGGAGCCAGCAAAGCCACCGUCCCCUCUGGAGGCCCCUUGUCAGACCCCGAGUGGCAGAGGAAGAUUGUAGAGGUAGAGCUGAGUGUGCAUGGUGUCACUUACCAACAGUGCCAAGUGGCACUUAGAACCACAGGGGGAGACGUGGCUUCUGCUGUCCGGAACCUUAAGGUAGACCAGCUCUUCCACCUCAGUAACCGGUCUAGAGCAGACUGUCGUCGCAUCCUGGAGCAUCACCAGUGGGACCUGUCAGCAGCCUGUCGCUACAUCCUGGCCCGGUCCUGAACUCUGUAUCCUUGGGGAUGGAUACCAGCAUGGAAUACCUGGUCCACUUAGGGCUUGGCCUUAUGGGACUAAACAGAACAUGAGGUCUUGACAGAGGCACGCUAAAGGAGAUUUACCUGCUAUGAGGAAGUAUAUGAAGUGUGGAGGGCACCUGGGGCCAGGCACUGGUGAGUGCUUCCUCCGUGUCCUGUUCCUUGGCCUCUGAAGGGACCAAGAUGGAUCAAGUUCACUCUGCCUACUCCACUCCCAACUGAAUAGGACUUGAAAGAAAAAGCUUCGGAGGAGGCAUCUACUCACUACAGACAAGGAUCAAGCAGCAAAACCGGGUCAUGGAACUACUGACAGAACUGUCAUUAGCUACCUCCCUAGACUCCAUGGGACUCUUAGAUACUGACUUGGGGGCUGUGACACAAACUGCUUUGGUUUGGUCCAGAAUCACCAUGGGUGAUGAAAACUAACUUUUUGGACUCAAGGACUUUUUUCCCCUUUAAUCCAAAUAGUAUAGAUUAUAUA